GGCUUGUCCGGACAGUUUGAGCUGUUGUGCAUGCAUUUACACACGCAUUAAUUCCAACUGAGUCAGCACAGCGUCCGAGACAGGUCCUGGGCUCCAGUGAGCACAGUCGCUGUCCUGGGGGAGGUACAUUCCGCAAAUUAACAGAAGUUCUGAUAAACUCAGCAUAGGGGGAUCGGCUGUCCCAAUUAUCAAGGAGUCCUAAAAGAAAAGGGCCUAUUUCAGUCAGGGGACCUGGACUGAACUAACUCGUGUUCAUGGCCGCCAAAUCCCGUGUGACAAAUGUAUUCUUUUGUUGUUCAUAGAAAUAAAACAGUUUUUCGGGCCCCUUCAGGAGCUCCUCUGCAAAGGUGGGGAAAAAAGGCAACUAAAUCAGCACGAGGACGUCAGCCCGAGGAUGUCAGGAGCGAGGAUAGCUAGCGGCCAGGAGAAAUAUAGUGGAAAAUGCAAAACAACGAAAUUAUAAAGCCUGCCAAAUACUUCUCAGAAUUGGAAAAGAGCAUCCUGCUGGCUUUAGUAGAAAAGUAUAAAUAUGUGCUGGAAUGUAAGAAAAGUGAUGCGCGAACUAUUGCCCUUAAGCAGCGUACCUGGCAGGCGCUGGCCCACGAAUACAACUCUCAGCCCAGCGUGUCCCUGCGGGAUUUCAAACAGCUGAAGAAGUGCUGGGAGAACAUCAAGGCUCGGACCAAAAAAAUUAUGGCCCAUGAAAGGAGAGAGAAAGUGAAACGAAGCGUCAGCCCUCUCCUGAGUACCCACGUCCUAGGGAAGGAGAAGAUCGCCAGCAUGCUGCCGGAGCAGCUCUACUUCCUGCAGAGCCCCCCGGAGGAGGAGCCCGAAUACCACCCCGACGCCUCAGCCCAAGAAUCAUUUGCUGUUUCAAAUAGAGAACUGUGCGAUGAUGAGAAAGAGUUCAUACAUUUUCCAGUAUGUGAGGGGACCUCUCAACCUGAACCCUCGUGUUCAGCUGUCAGAAUAACAGCCAAUAAAAACUACAGGAGCAAAACCUCUCAGGAAGGUGCUUUAAAAAAGAUGCAUGAGGAAGAACACCAUCAACAAAUGUCCAUCUUACAACUGCAACUGAUACAAAUGAAUGAGGUGCAUGUGGCCAAAAUCCAGCAGAUAGAGCGAGAGUGUGAGAUGGCAGAGGAGGAACACAGGAUAAAAAUGGAAGUUCUCAAUAAAAAGAAGAUGUAUUGGGAAAGAAAACUACAAACUUUUACCAAGGAAUGGCCUGUUUCCUCAUUUAACCGGCCCUUUCCCAAUUCGCCCUAAGACUUUGGGGGUGGCUCUCUUGUAAUUAAUCUGUGUUGGCAAAGAAUGUCUGGAACAUGGACUUGCGGUCAGUAACCUGUAACAGAGCGACAACUAGGAAAAUUAGAGUGGUAGUAGUCACUUAUUUAAGAAUUCAUUCAGGUAAACAGCUGCACCCUCUGUACCCCUUAAGUGGCAAAGAAGCUGUUAUAGUCUUCUGAAAAUUAUCACUAUGAGUGCUAUAAUUCUGAAUAUAAUGUCUCUUAAUUAGAAUUCAUACAAGAACCACGUGUGAGUGUUGUUGUAUUUUUUUUUUUUUUUAAUCAAAUGCAAGUGUGACUAUAAAGGAGUGUGGCUGAUUUUUUUUUUUCUUUUUUCUUUUUAAACAGACAGCAGAACUUUUCUAUCCAAAUGAAUGCCCUCCCAUCGAAAGUGGCUGUCCUGGGAGGCUACACUUUUCUCCAAUGAUGAUGCUGUUGCUCAGAACUUGCUAGAGGUCUUUAGGGAACCUCCGUGAGAGCUGCAGCACCUUUUUAAUUUUCUCAAUGUCAUCCUCUGCGUAUGGAUUUUCUGUUUUUAAACAGCCCAAAGUUUAGAAGGGUAUUUUCUAAUGUGGCUCAUAAACCACCUUUUAAGGCCUUUCCCCAAACAGGAGUUCUAAAUAAGUCUCCAACAAUGGUAGUUUUAUUGGAACUAAGGAUGUAACUACUUUGAGGGAGAAAUGUUCAUUUAGAUUUCUACAUUCUGUUUUGUUGGUUUUAUUUAAAAAAAAAAAAGACUUACAAUUUUAUAGUCA